AUGGCUGCACAGUUCCGUUUGAUAUUGUUCGGCUUUCUGGUUCUUCUACUUAUUUGUUUGACCAAAGUCAGCGAGGGCAAACAGAAACCUGAUCCCCCUGAAGUUGAGGAUGAAUACGCAAGCGUCCGCGAUAAAGGUCCACAGGCAAGGAAAAAGAGACUGCUAAAAAAUCCUGAGGAAUUAUGGAAGAAAGCUGCAGUCAUAUACAAAAUAGAUCAUGGAAUUGGAUGCCCCAAAUCUAGCAAGUGUAAGAAGAUCAUCCAAGCCAUGAACGAAUUUACGGAGAAAACUUGUAUCCGGUUCAAGGAAAGGAGUGGAGAGCCAGACUAUGUGCGCAUUCAAGAGGACCGUUCAGUUUAUGCAGGCAUGGCAACUGUUGGCAGAAAAGAGGGAGAGAGUCACAUCACCAUCCAUCCCGAUAAAUGGACCUAUGUAAAGAUCUUACACGAACUGGGGCACACCUUGAGUCUAGUAGACGAGUUCAAACGGCCCGAUAGAGACAACUACAUAAAUGUUAAAGACUGGGCCGUUAAAGAGGUUAAAGGUUAA